AUGGUGACAGCCGAUUGUGGUGAUGGCUCUGCUUGCGCGGCCAACUUCGGACCGUUUCAAGGACACAUGUCCCAGAAAGAGUUUGAUGAGCUGGGGUAUCCAAAGAUUCCGGACCAUUGGACCAAAGAGUGGAUGCUGAGACAAAUCGAGCUGGAAAAGGUUGACCCACGGGUCAAUCCUAACCUGCUGCUUGAUGAGACGCACCAAGAAUUCUGGGACAACGCUUCUCGCAAGCCGUACGCGAAAGCUAUUCUUCGAUCCGAGCAGCACUGGCUUCAACGGAGAAAGCUCUGGCUUCGCCAAUAUGAGCAAGUUGCGCUUGCCAACAUGAUUCGCGAAGAGCUAGCUGCAGAACUGGAGGCAUGCCCUCCCAGCGUAAAGCGGCAGGUUACGCCCAUCCUGAAGUACAAGAUCACAGAAAUCGCGUUGACGAACAGUCUAAAACUUGCUCGAGCACAGCAGCUUCCGCUAAGCGAAGUUCUUCAACGACCCGAUCAGGUGCACCAGUUGCAAUCCCUUCGACUGAAGCUCGAAGACGGCGGCCCGCAAGUGGCUGAGCAGCUUUUAGAGGAGUACAACGCACGUGCCACGGACCGAAUACGCACAAACGCCAGCAUCAAGCAAGAGGAGGAAAGAUCAACACCAGUGGUCUUGGAUUCCGACACCAUGGCAAAGCUCAUGAACCAAGCGCAGAAGCUCCGGAAAGAUGGUUAUAUCGAAUGGCACAAAGGUGCCGUCGAGGAGGCUUUCCGUAGUUGGUGCGAAGCAGAAGCUCACCUGUACCGCAAACGACUGCCGGAGGGUGAUGCAGGAAAUGCAAUGGUGAGCGAUUUGCAUUGCAUUUUGCUGAAGAACAUUGCACAGGCAGCUAUCAAGCUUGGGCAUUGGUCAGAUGCUUUGCGAGCGUCAGAGGAUGCCCUUGCGAUAGACGACGAGGAUCCAAAAUCAUGGUUUCGACGUGCCUGUGCGUUGGAAGGCCUAGGACGAUAUCCAGAGGCAAAGGAGGCGCUGGAGCACAUCGAGGCUCUUGCAGUUGGACGUCCUGAUCGUGCCCGCUUGGUUCGAGAUGUCGGGACCCGCCGUGAGCAAAUAGAUUCCUUGACGGCGAAGCACACGCAGACAGAGCGUCUCGCCAUGUGCAGAGCCCUGAAACAGCGAGUGUUCGCAGAGGACACAAUUCCUUCCUUGGAGAUGGAUGGCAGCCUGGACCGCGUGCUGGACCAGGAAACGGACGAAGAUGAUAAAGAACUGCAGCAGCUCGAGGAAGAGCUGCUGCAACUGGAAAUGGAAGAUGCAGCGCUGAAUGACGCUUCCCGCGCAGUCUCGAGUGCUGCUCCUGUGGUGACGAAAUGCUUUGCCGUCGGAGAUCGCGUGCAAGCACGGGAGAUGCUGGCAGACGUAGAUGCUGGACAGUGGGGCACGGUGGUCGAGGUGGACGGUGAUGGUGACAUCAAGGUGCUCUUCGACGGACAAGACGAGGCUCAGCUGAUCUUCAGCGUGGACUUCAGCAGCCUCCUGACGGAAAGCGCAGACAGCGCGGAGUCCUCCAGGAGUCGCGCAAGGCCUGGGGAUUUCUGCUUGACGCAUGACGGAGCAUCCGACCUGCUGGAUGCCUUGCUUUCCGCUUACCAAGACCCUGGAUUCCAGCAGCAAGUCGCCAAGCUUGCGCGAGACGUGCGCUGGGAUGUGGAAAGCUUCAGGCGGCACCUGCCCAAGGUGGCGCUCGGCCCGCAGAAGGAAGCCCUGCUCCGCUUCGGCUUCGAGGCUUCGCUGGAGGGCGCCGGCGUGGCGCAGCAGGCCCUUGAGGCCGCAAAGGCGCGGGCUUCCGCAAGGCAGCGCGCGGGAUUGCAGAAGCAAUCCGACGAUGUGACGAGGACACUCUUCGGUGAGAUGUACAGCGUCGCAUUCCCGAGCUCCGAUUUGCGAAGUAGCCAGUCGGCCGAUGUGCAGUCCGUGGUAAGCUGA